AUGGCGUCGUCCUCGAUGUCGGAUCAUGUUAAUCCACUACAAGAGCGUGCAGCCGCUGCAGCACAGGUAUUGCUUGCUCCAGGACGAUCCGUGUCACAGCGAGAGAUUCAAGCAAUGCUUGAGAAGAAUGAAGCGGCAUUAAAGAGCUGGAAUGCACUGCAUAAACAGCAGCCUGCAAAGACAAGUACUACCGAGCAUAAUGAAUGGGUACGAAGGUGUGUGAACUUACGUCAGCAAAUUGGAGCAAGGCUCGAGAUGUUGGCCUCAUUGGCAGACAAGCAAAUUGCCCAGGAAGAUGAGAAAAAUGACGCACAAAAGACUGUUGCCACUUUGUCAAUUGGGAGACGAACAGAGACGUUACAAAAGUCAAAGCUCGUCGUUCAGGGUGCUGCAGUUUCACAUAUUCAGCCACAAGCGACUUCAGAUGCUCUUCAGCAAAUGUACACACCGCCAGAGAUUUCGACAAUGUUGAUGGGUCCUACGUCCACUCUAGUGUCCAUGUCGAUGCCAAAUAUGACUGCACCGACACCACCGACGUUGUUCCCUGAACCUCCAAUGCCUACGCUUGGUUUUGAUUCUGCAAGCUCUAGUAUGUUUUACCCGACGGGACAAACAAAUUCGAUGCAGACAUCGACUGGAUUUACGUUAACGACGUCAAUGGCAGUCUCUGGUGUAACGACACCGACACGCGGGUACGCUAUGAGUUCAGAUGUCCAGACAUUCACGCCGAACACGUACAUGACUUCAUCGGAUCGGCUUCCUAGCGCUUCACCUGGAUUUAUGAACCAGCAGGACUACAUGAUGGGCGGCGGUAUGAUGAAUCCCCAACAGCAACAGUUCAUGCCAAUGCGCAUGCCUAUGAAUGUAGACUCUUCAGGAGGUGGUAACAUGUACGUCAACAACACGUAUGGCAUGCCGUCUGCACCAACAUCAGCGAACAUUUACAGUAGUGGAAACGGCAACAGCAACAAUAGCAAUUUUCCGGUGGAUCCAUUUAUUACGCCAUAUGAGUUCACAUCCGACGCGAGCUUCGGGACGUCUGGGUUCCCAAUGGCUGGUAUGGCGGGCAUGCCCAUGCAUCAUCAACAACAUCAGGUGAUGGGAUCUAUGAACGGAGCCAAUUAUGGAGCACCUAUGAUGCCGAACAAUUUUGGAUAUGGACCAAGUAUAGGAAUGCCGUCGUCAUCUACACAAAGUAUAAUGCCGCAGUCGGUACCGACACAUCAUUAUCAGUCUACUCAUCAACCUUUCCAGCAACCUAGCCAACUUCAUCAAUUUCCAACACAACAAAUUGUAAUCGAGCCUGUAGGUUUAUUUCCAGAUUCAACACUUUACGGUGACAACACGGUAAACAUUUUUGAAGGGCUUACAGACGAUGCAUUCUUUCCAAUGCAAUGA